GUUCAGUGUGUCUUAUCUGGUUCACAAUAAUAAAUGGAACGAAUGAAUCUAGAUCGCGUAAAGAACAUCUGUGUGUGCAAAAUGCACGUUCAUUCAGCAUAAAUUGCAGCAAAAAUUGUAAUCUGUUUCAGUUGUUGAUGGAAUGCUGUUGGGGAUUUACACGUGUUUAAACAUGAUGAUAUUUGAAGGAUUACGGAUGCUUUCGAUCAGGCCUACUGAAGUUUAAAAAAGGCCGCUGGUCAGGCGCAUGUCCAUUGUGCAAAAGUGUCAUGAUCCGAGUCCGACGUCUCAGGGUCUGGUUUCUCCUAGUGUUUCUUGUCUUCUUUACUACUGCUCCUUACUUCUGGAUGACCAAUGGAAGGGUAGUCCACAAAGACGUCUUUUACAACGAACCCAUGCGAAUAAAAGAGGGCCAUAUUGCUGGGGCCGUUACGGUCGACCGGUCAUUAAUUGCUGACAUUCAGUAUUUCAAGUGUGAUAAAUUAUUUGCAAAUGAUCUAGUGGAAUUGACGAAAGCGAGUGCAUUUUUACAGCAAAGGAAUUUUACUUUUCCUCGACGUCCGGAUGAAAACUUUAUAGAACUGACAAUGAACUGUGAUAAUUUCAAAGAGUCAAGAGGAUAUUUUGUUGACCCACCAACACAAGAAGAGAAAUCAUUUCCGAUAGCUUUUAACAUAUUGUUCCAUCAAAAUGUAGAACAAUUGGAACGAUUAUUGCGUGCAAUAUACAGGCCUCAAAAUCAGUAUUGUAUUCAUGUCGACGGGAAAACAUCUGAGGAUGUAUUAGAUAUAGUCACACAAAUUGCUUAUUGUUUCCCCAAUGUGUUCAUAGCUACUGAAUUGGAAAUUGUGAUAUACGCCAGUGCAACGAGAUUGUCCGCUGAUAUAAAUUGCAUGAAAGAUCAUGUAAACAAACGAUUUCAGUGGAAUUAUUUACUAAACCUUGCUUCUAGUGAAUAUCCAAUCAUGACCAACCUUCAAAUCGUCCAAAUAUUAAAGCAGUUCAAUGGAUCAAACGAUAUACACGAGGUUUUCUCAACAAUGGACGAGGGCAGAUUCAAAAAGAAGCAUUACACAUUCAUUGACCUAUAUGGCAAAUCGGGGUACAUGAUCCACACGGACAAACAGAAAGAACCUCCACCACAUAAUCUCAGAAUCACCAAGGGAAACGCGUACAAUAUAUUUAGUAGGGCUUUUGUUGAGUGGUUCUUGUCGAACCCAAUUGCAAGGGACCUUCUUGCCUGGUCAAUGGAUACUCUUACCCCGGAUGAGCAUUUCUGGGCUACAUUGAAUAAUCUCUACAGCAAUCCACAUCUGAAAACGCCGGGCGGAUACACUGGACACCCGGAUACCAAACCGUUCUUUGCACGCUACAUUGGAUGGAACUCAUCGACCCAUCGGGAACGAUGCAAGAUGGGCCACUACGUUCACAAUAUAUGUGUAUUCAGCGUCCUUGACCUUCCAAAUAUCAUGAACAGAUAUGAGAUUAUUGCCAAUAAAUUUGAUAUUGAGUAUGAUCCCAUUGCUUACAGGUGUAUGGAGGAAUUCAUAUUGAACAAUGUGUUGAAUGAGAAAAAUAUAAGUAAUGUAAGAGUAUAUAAAAAAUUAGCAUUACAUUCCUGAUAUUAAUUUGUUAUUGUCGCAUUUUAUUUAUUUGCGUCUAGUCCAAGGUAUUAUAUACCAUCUCAGUGCAACUUGCCAGGUCUAAGCAAUUGUGCAGCAUUUUAAAUUGAGCUAAUAAAUGAUCUAAUAAAUACUUUAUUUAUUCAGAAUGUUGUUUAUCCUGCACAUUUUCCACCAUCUGUACCUAUAAUGGAUUCCAUAAGACAAUGGAAAGGGACAAAGCAGUCAGGUUUAGGAUUCUGAUUGAAGCGAAGUCGAUAAGAAUUACUGGUUUCCAAGGAAUGGCAAAUGGUUCCUUAAAGUAAAC